AUGUUUACGGCCUCUGCUCGAAGCCGUCUCUCCACACUUUCACGGCCCCGUCUCUCUCCCACCAACUCUCUUCUUGCUAGAUCGGCUGUGGCACCCACCAUGGCUCCUCGGCGUAAGGCUUCGUCUGUCCCGGAGGGCUACGUAGAGGACCUCUCCAAGGGCAAGAUGCUCAGAUUCGAAGAUUCCCUUCCCCGCUUGCCGGUCCCCACUCUUGAAGAAACCGCCCGCCGCUACCUGAAAUCGGUGCAUGCGGUGGUUUCCGAAGCCGAAUAUGAAAACACCAAGAAGGCCGUGGAGGCCUUCGUUCGCCCUGGUGGCCAAGGCCAGACUCUGCAGGAAAGACUUCUGGCCCGUGCUGCGGACCCCAAGCACAAGAACUGGCUUACUGAAUGGUGGAAUCACGCCGCAUACCUGGGUUAUCGUGACCCGGUGGUCCCCUACGUUUCCUACUUCUACUCAUACAAGGACGACCGCGCUCGCCGGAACCCCGCCAAGCGUGCCGCGUCCGUCGCUACCGCGGCGCUCGAGUUCAAGCGCCAGGUGGACGAUGGCUCCCUGGAGCCGGAAUACAUGCGCGCCCAGCCUAUUGCGAUGAGCUCGUUUGAAUACAUGUUCAACUGCUGCCGCAUUCCCGCUGACGGUGCGGAUUAUCCUCAGAAGUACCCCGCUAAGGAGAACGAGCACAUUGUGGUUGUGCGCAAGAACCAGUUCUUCAAGGUGCCUCUGGUUGUGGACGGUAAGCAGCUGAAUGUGUCGGAGCUGGAGAAGCAGUUCGAGCGUAUCUACCAGAUUGCCCAGAAGUCCCCCGCCGUCGGUACACUGACUGCGGCGAACCGUGACCUCUGGACGGAUGCCCGCAAGAAGCUGCUUGCGGCGCACCCCUCCAAUGAGCAGGCCUUGCGGGAUAUCGAGUCCAGCGGCUUCCUGAUCUGCCUUGACGAUGCUACCCCCGUCACGCUGGAGGAGCGGGCUCACCAGUACUGGCACGGUGAUGGCGCCAACCGCUGGUUCGACAAGCCUUUGCAAUUCAUCAUCAAUGACAACGGCACCGCUGGUUUCAUGGGUGAGCACAGCAUGAUGGACGGCAGCCCCACCAGCCGUCUGAACGACCACCUGAACAACCUCAUCUUCAACAACAAGAUCGACCUUUCGGAGCAGCCUGUCCGCUCCGGCCUGUCCGAUCCCCGCCCCAUCAACUUCCACCUGAACAACGAGGUGCUGGAGGCAAUUGACGCCGCCUCCAAGGAGCACCGCCAGCAGAUUAGCUCGCACGAGCUGAAGGUGCAGGCCUACCAGGGUUACGGCAAGGGUCUCAUCAAGAAGUUCAAGUGCAGCCCAGAUGCAUAUGUGCAGAUGGUCAUCCAGCUGGCUUACUUCAAGAUGUACGGCAAGAACCGCCCGACCUACGAAUCUGCCACGACUCGUAAGUUCCAGGAGGGCCGUACCGAGACCAUCCGUAGCGUUUCCGACGACAGUGUGGCCUUCUGCAAGGCCCAGAGCGACCCCUCCGUGCCCCGUGAGGAGGUUGUGCGCCUCUUCCGCACCGCCCUUGCCUCCCACUCCAAGUACACCGCAGAGGCCAGCGACGGCCGCGGUGUCGACCGUCACCUCUUUGGCUUGAAGAAGUUGCUCAAGGAGGGUGAGCAGCUGCCGGCCUUGUACGAGGACCCGGUCUACAGCUACAGCGGCUCGUGGUACCUCUCCACCAGCCAGCUGAGCUCGGAAUUCUUCAACGGAUACGGAUGGAGUCAGGUGAUUGACGAUGGAUUCGGUAUUGCCUACAUGAUCAACGAGAACAGCCUGAACUUCAACAUCGUCUGCAAGCGCAUCGGCGCUGAGCGCAUGAGCUACUACUUGAACGAGGCUGCCUCAGACCUGCGGGAUCUGCUGAUGCCCGACCUGGCCGCCCAGACCGAGAAGGCCAAGCUUUAA